AAAACUGUGCAUUUCUUUUACGUUCUGAAGAUUUAAUUAAGCUAAAUGACUUCUAUACUAUUAUUAAAGACGUAUUCCAUUCUACUGAAGGAGCUCUGCUUAUUGUAAAAUAAAUCCCUAAGCAUAUUAGGAAUUCAGUGCUAGCUGGAAGAAAUAGAAAAAUACUUGGUAUCUGGGUAAGAGGUAAUAGAGGAUACAAUUAUGUCUCAGAAAAAAAAAAUAUAAGGUAUUUCCCUCAUUUCUUUCCAUGCAAGAAAUCUCUCUGCCCUAUAGAGCAUAGCUGUCUUCUUAGCCUGACAAAUAUCCUGUAACAUGGUUACUUUAAAUGUAUAGAAAAAGACAGCAAAACAUUAGUGGAUUAUUUAGGUUUGGCUUUAACUAAAAGUAGAAUGGAAGUGCUGCUAAUCUCAGUAUCAUUUUAAAAUGAACCCUUACGAAAGGGAAUCGUCUGGUAGAGAUAGCAGGUAUAAAUGCCUGUACCUUGUGUGUACAGAGUUCAAGGGGGAAAUUUUGUUUGCCUCUUGGCAGAAGGCAGAGUAAAAUACUGUUUUUCAGAAUCACCUGUGCCUCAGGAAGUUCCUAUCAUAUUUAUUCUGCCAGAAAAAUUAACAACUAUCUGGUUUUAAUUAUGUAGAAUUUAGAUGCUUUGGAGGAUGAAAAAACAGAGAGGUUAGUAACAGAAAUGAGAAAAGACCCUAAGAGACUUCAAUCCCUGCAGCAGUUCCACAUUUGUUUUUCAGUGUCUGGAAAUACCGCUGUUAUUGCUAGGUUUGCUUCCUCUGUCUUCCUCCCCUGUUGUUCUCUGUCCCAUGGAAGUUGCAGGAACCCCUGUCCCACAAUGCCAUCUAUCCAGCUGCCACUGCUACUCCUCUGCUUGACCUCCUGUGGUGUUUGCUUCAAUGGGGAACAUCUCCUUCCAGAGGAGAGUGAGAACAUGGGGAAAAGUCUCCUGAAUAACAUCCUUCAGAGAUCUGAAAGUCUCAUUCUUCACUCUGCGCUCAAGAAAGCUGAAAAGGAGGCAAAGAUUAAUAAAGAAUUAAAUACCCCUCUACUACAAUGGCUUUCCAAAAGACAACAUCCUGGGAAAAAGUACCUAAGUAACCUGGAGAAGAGACAAUAUCCUGGAAAAAGAGAUGUUGAGGAAGAGACAUCUUAUGGAGACAUUCAGAAGAGGCAGCACCCAGGAAAAAGAGAGAUGCAAGAUGACCUUGGUGUUUAUCUGGAGCUGAAAAGGCAACAGCCUCCCAGCAGAAAGUCACUGUUGGAUCAGUUUGCUAACAAUCCUAGGGCACAGUUAACCUACAUGAAUGAGUUAUCCAAAAGAGAACAUCCAGGCAGAAGAUAUCUGAUGUACAAGCACCAGCAUCCUAGCAAAAGAGGCUGGAAUUAUGACGUAGACCUAUACGGUGAAAAACGCCAGCAUCCUGGAAAAAGGCAAUGGAAUUCUGACAGCUCAGAUGACACAGGCCCCUGUGAGCCAUUUCAGGAGCCAUUCACCUGUCACAAAAGCAGUUUGUUGCUUGAUUUAGUAGAAGAUGUUAGCAGAGACAGGAUAGAAGAAAAGCGUCAGCACCCAGGAAAGAGAUCAGCAUGGGAGAGUGAAGCAGGGGAAUGAGAAAAUAAUUUUUUUGGCUUCCUAUUGCUGACCUCUGCACCUACCUUUCAGUGUGUUAAUGUUCCCAUCCAAGUUAACAGCUUUGUCA